AUGACAUUGUUAUCCAAUUCAACCCAUUCUGCAGAUACAGAGGCUGCAGGUCCUGGUGUCAAGCAGGAGAAGUCUGAAGGAGAGGAGGACUCGUUGCACAGCAGAGACAUCCAGACUGAAGUGGCUGGAGUGCCCCUUGUAGCCACGGAGGUCCCCACUGCCGCCCAAGCGCCGCCCAGGACCCGAGGUAACAUCACGGAGGAGGAGGGUCCAGAAGUGCUGCUGGUGAAGGAGGAGGGGUGUGAGGAGGGUCUAGGGAACCCUGAGGGGACCAUGGACAUGGAGGACAACCAAACUACUCCUACUCCUGGACCGACAGAGGAUUCAGCUGAGCAGCACAGGACCACACACAGUCUCACUGAGUCAGUAGACAUGGAGGAUGGGAAGCCUGAUCUGCUGCUGGUCAAACAAGAGACAAUAGAAGACGGACCAGAGAGCAUUGAUCUGCUGAGUGGACUACAGAUGGGGGAGCAAGGUGGUUGGCUGGAGGCUAAUAAAGGAGACUGGGCGGCCAUCUUGGAUUCCCAGACCCAGACGGGUGCAGCCAAAGGCCCAGGGUACGACAUCACCGAGCAGGCCAGGACCAGAGGCGACAUAGUGAAGGUCAAUGGAUGGGACAGCGUCCUCAACUAUGGGCUGGGGAACAACACUGUUAACCACAACCAGAAACAGAGAGUGGAACAUAAAACAACAUCCGAACUUAGUCUCCAUAAAAGACUGGCUGAGACCAGGGCGAGAUGUAGAUUUGGUCUGCAGGGACAGGGCGGUGUCCAUAUGCAGCUGGAGAGAACAGACAUAGACUCGGCUAGCGAUGCUCCGUCCUGCUCCUAUAGUUGUGAUUCAGAGAGACGGAUGGCACCUCAGGUUGACCCCCUAACAGAUGCUGCCUUCAGCCUGCCUUCUUUAGGAUCUAUCAACUGGAAGAUGGACCCUGUGAUAACACAAACACUCCCAUGCCUUCAUCCUCCUCACACUCUCCUAAUGUUAAACCAGACCUCAGACAAUGCCAGUGCAUCAACCCUAAAUGGCAACACAAGCCCAUUGACAAAUGACAGUAGUAGUAACGCUAUCAGCAGAUCUGGUGGCAAAGAGAAGCGCUUCCCAUGUUCGUUUUGUGGGAAAGUCUUCCGUUUGCCGAAACAGGUGGAGAUCCACCAGAGGAUGCACACCGGGGAAAAACCGUUUGGCUGCCACCUGUGCCGGGCCAAAUUCUCACACUCGUCCAGCCUGAAGAGGCACCAGAGGGUCCACACAGGGGUGAAACCCUUCAGCUGUACCCAGUGUCAGACGCGCUUUGCUCAGGCUGGUCACCUGAAGAGGCACCAGAGGGUCCACACGGGAGAGAGGCCGUUCACCUGUACGCACUGCGGGAAGAGGUUCUCAGAGAAGAGCUACCUCAGGAUACACCAGCAGAAAAUGCACAGGGCCCAUGUAUAGAGUAUUGUGACAUGUAGUUAGUUUGUUUGUAGUUAAUUCUGUUGGUUUUGGAUGUAGUAGGGAACUGGAUGAGGUGAACUGAGGAAAGAAUGAGUAUGAUUAAAUAGAUGAUAUGUCACGCCUGCUCCCGCUUCUCCUCUCUGGCGUUUGAGGGUGCCAGGCUGCCCAUCAUUACGCAUACCUGUCACCAUCAUUACGCACAUCAGCACUCGCUGGACUCUGUUACCUUGUUGAUUCCCCCUCCUAUAUCUGUCUGUUCCUCUGUUAGAUCCCUGUGUCAGCAUUAUUGUCGUUUUUGUUUUCCCGUGUCCAGACGCUGUCCGUAUUCUGUUCCUGUCCGUGUUUCAUUAAAUGUUCACUCCUUGUACUUGCUUCUCAUCUCCAGUGUCUGUCCUCACGAUAUGGUGAUGGUUGGUGUGAUGGUGUCUGUAAAAAUGCUUCACUGAUGAAGAGUGACAAUCUUGUCCCUUUAGGUUGAUACUGGUGUUUUAUAGUGAGAUACGGAUGGUGCCUUAAUUCAUGUUUACUUGACAUGAAGUAGUGAAGAUGUGUGUAAUGUAAUGUUGAACCUUUUCCAAAGUAUUUUUAAAUAGAUUUUAUCAAAGCAGGGGUACAAGAUUUACAGAAAAUGUAAAGUGUUACCAUAGUGAGAAAAGUUGUUAUACAUGUCACGUAUCGUUUUGUGCAAUAAAAUUACUGUACUUAAAAGUUAUGAGUACAUGACCAUUUUGUUGAAAUUAAAUACAAAAUUGACUCUG